AUGCGGUCUCACCACGUGGUGUUUCUGCUGGAGUUGUUGGUGACUGUACUGUUCGAUGCGAUAGACCGGGAGUUAUCUCGUCGCGGGAGUGCGGUAGGUUCGGGAGAAGUCGGAGGAGGCGUUUUUGGUAGCGGUGCGAACGAGUCGGAGUUGCCGGACUUAAGCUCGUAUCACCCGGUGUUUCAGGAGGUGGAGGAGUUGAAGCGGCAGCUGUCUUUGUUGAGUCCAUCUGCGGACUUUGUACAGCACUCGCGUUUAGGUCGUAAGUUGAUUCGUGUGGAGAAGGAAUGGAAGGAUGUGUUGAAGAACAUGGAGCCACAGGAGCGUGUGCGGCACGAAGAGGUACUGAAGCCCGCACAAACGCGUGAAAUGCCGGUGUCACGCGCACUCAACGUGCCCCGUGUUCAGGGUCAUCGUCGCUGGCUGCCUGGGCUCCGGGUGGUGCUCCUUUGGGCGUUGGCCCACCUGGUGUUUGGCUGGGCGCGAAAGCUUAAGUCCAUGCCACUCUUCGCCAUACCGAGCGCACUCUUCUGGCCCCUGGUAAACAGCAAAUCCGGAAGGGUCUACUUCCCGGCAUCCUGGCUACUCAACAAAAUUGCCUUCGAUGACCCUGCCCUCGACGACCCACUCGCCUCCGUACCCCCCAUACCUGGAGGUGGUGUCCUCGUCUCUCUGGGCUUCGCCACCACACUAUACGUCCUCAACCGAGGCUACUGUCGCCUCCGUGCGGGCAUCGGCAACUUCCAAAGAGGCUGCCAAAAACUACCAAUUAAGCAACAGUAA